UUCAAUUUUUGGCGGGGGAUAUUUCCUAUUAUCCUACCACAUUGGCAUUAGAUUCAAACACGUCACACUAACAUCGUUUACGAAAACCACCCCUAAUGCCCAUAGAGCUUUUCUCUAACCCGUUCAAUUAGUAGUAAAUAACACGGUGAUUUUUAUUUGAAAUUUACAGAUAUUGACAAAAGCUAUGAUUAAAAUUGAAUUUAAUUUGCCCCCUUAUAACUAAGUAGAUUCUAAUUUACAUUUGAGUUUUGGUACAAUUAUUUAUAUGCCCCUCAGUAAACACAGGCGUCAGGGGUAUUGGUAUCUUGGGUCCUGCCCUGGAAUAAUUGUCAUUGAUUUUGUGCUGCCGCCUAUGCGCGGUCCGUUUUCUUGCUCUGUUAGAAGAUUUGAAGGUCUGAAUAAUUUGCUGUCAAAACAUAUUCGGUAUUUUGAGCAUUUUGCGGUUUAUUUUACGUUUAAAAGAUCUGGAAAAUGAAUUGGGCCCAUUGGCAACCACAGGAAAGUGUCCUGAAUUCAGUCAAAGAUGUGUUGCAGGAAGCUUUGAUUCCUGAUACAGAAAUACAGAAGAAUGUCCAUGAAAAGCUCAGUAUUAUUCAAAACAUUCCGGACAUCACGUACUAUUUUUUGUCUAUCCUGGGAAAUCGGGUCUAUUCAGAGGAUGUGCGAAACUUGAGCGGCGUCCUGCUAAAGAACAAUAUCGCCAAAACCUAUCAGAUGCUGCCGCAGGAAAGCGUUCAGAAAAUUAAAGAUGAAUGUCAGAGUCUGCUUAUGGAUCCUUCCAGGAAUAUCAGGUUAAGCGCCUCAAAUGUUAUAGUAAUCCUAGCCAGAAAUCAUCUAAAGACAUGGCCAGAUCUAAUUUCCUAUUUACUGAAACUAUUUGCCGAUCAGAAUCUGUUUAGUGAAAUAGCCUUAAAUACCCUCUCUAAAAUUUGUGAAGACCUGAUUAACAAUCGCAAAACCCAAGAAGAGGUUUAUGGAAUAAUUAAUGAGGUAUUUCCAACAAUUAUGGAAUAUCUUGGAAAAGAAAACUGCACGAUGUAUCAAGAAAUUGUCAAACUAUCCAACCAGUUUUUGCAAGAUUAUUUUCGCCUCAUGCAGCAUUCUGUUGAUUUGACGCUGUACUUAGAAAACAUAAUUCGUUUGGCAGAUACCAGUGACAUAGAGCUUCAAAAAUAUGUUUGCCACACAUUUGUAAUCUAUGUAAGCAAGCAGGAGGAAUCUUUACUGCCACACUUGCAUGAUGUGAUCAUGUAUUUAAUGGAGAAAAGCACUCAUGAAGACAACGAUGUGGCUUUACAGGCCUGCGAAUUUUGGUUGGCUACAUCUAAACUCCCCAAAUGCAAAGAGAUUUUGACUCCUUACAUGGCAAAGUUACUGCCCAUCUUAUUGAAAAACAUGAGAUAUUCAGAGAGAGAGUUAUACUUGAUGAAAGACACUUUGGGCUCAGAUGCCCAUAAAAAGGAUUUGGCCCAAGAUAUUACGCCUUUUCACAUGAAAAGUAAGAAUAAUCAAGACGAUGACGAUUUUUUCAGUGAUGAGGAGAUAGGUAAUCAGGACGAUGAUUUUGAUGACUUCUAUAUGGGCUGGACGUUGAGGAAAUGCAGCGCGUCUUCACUUGAUUCGCUGGCUGUAUGCUUUGGAGAAGAUAUUCUCCCCAUCCUUCUACCUCUGAUUAGUGAAAUGCUCAAUCAUUCUGACUAUUUAGUUAAGGAAAGUGCGAUUCUGGCCUUGGGUGCAAUAUCAGAGGGUUGUUCAGAAGGCCUCAAAUCUCAUCUACCAGAGCUGGUAAAUUUCCUCCAGUCCUUAAUGAAUGAUUGCCAUUCAGGUGUUCGGAUUAUUACAUGUUGGGCUUUAAGCCGCUAUGCUUCAUGGAUUGUUAAUGUCAAACCCGAUUCACCUCAGAUGUAUUUCGUGCCCAUUAUGCUACUGUUAUUAAAGCACUCUGUUGAUGAUAACAAGAGCGUUCAGCGCGCCGCUAUUUCCGCAUUUUGCGUCUUUCAAGAGGAAGCCCAAUUGAAACUUGUUCCCUAUAUUGGAGUGAUAAUCGAAGGAUUUUUAAUGGGAUUUGAGCGAUACCAAUGCAGAAGCCUGUAUUUGCUAUAUGAUGCCAUUGGUGUGUUGGGCAAAUCAGUAGGUACGCACUUGAGCGAGCAGCAAUAUGUUUCCAAAUUACUGCCCCCUUUGAUAAAAAAGUUUACUGAAAGCGACAAUUACUACGACGAUCAUUAUGUGGCAGUUUUGGAAUGUUUAGCCAACAUAAUUCCUUUUCUGGAAGUUUCAUUCUUGCCUUAUGCAGAGGUUGUUUUCUGCCACUGUCUUCAGCUGAUUAAUGAUACUCUAAUUUCUUAUAUUAACUAUCAGGAAAAUCCUGAUGAGUAUGACCCGCCGGACAAGGAUCCGAUGAGUGUUGCUCAUGAUGUUUUGUACACAAUGGCCGGCGCAUUAAAAAGUCACUUUGUAAAAUUCGUCUCCAACAGUAACUUGGUGUUCUUGCUUCUCACCACCAUUCAGGAUAGUUCAAAUUCAAUUCGACAGACUGCGAUCGCUCUUUAUGGGGAACUGGUUACUUUAUGCUAUCCUCUGUUGUCUUCUAGCGUCAACAGCUACAUUCCACUAAUAAUUAAUAACUUAGAUGAGCACAAUGACGCGGUUUGCCAAAAUGCUGCCUGGGCAAUUGGCAAAUUGUGUACGGUGAUGGGGGCAUCUAUUCAACCUUACGUGCCACAAAUCUUGGAACACUUUAUGCAUAUUAUUAGGAACCCUGCAGUGGCCAGAACCAUGCAUCAGACUGUGGUUGUGUCAUUAUGCACAGUUUUUUAUGUUUGUCCUGAUGUUCAAAUUUCUGAUAUUAGCGGUAUUGUAAAGAAUUGUUGUACCAUGAUUAGGUUUUUAAGGGACUGUGAGGAGAAGGAUUUAGCAUUUAGGGGAUUAUGUGCCAUUAUCAUGCGGAACCCUAAUUUUGACAAGAAUUCAUUUAUGUAUUUCUGCGAUGCUGCAGGAUCUUGGUUCAAUAUCCGUCCCGAUUUGAACGACGCUAUUAAAACUAUUCUGAUGUCUUUUAAACAGCAAUAUUCUGAGGAGGCUUGGGCAACGUUUUCCGCACAAUUUCCAGAUAAUCUUAAGGCCAAAUUGCACGACUUGUAUGGAGUGUGAUAACAUGCGGAUUCAUUGGCUAGGGGAAUUAAACAAAUGGGUGGGAAAGCUUGAGUGCACCUGCCUUGAGUUUAGAUUAAAAUGUGCUCUCUAAGUAUGGGUGGGAAUUUUCAUAAUUGUUAUUCACGCGAAUUUAUAUCAGAGCCUUGAUAUAUGUAUAUGGGAACGUUUAUUAUUUCUCAAUCAAUAACUGUUUCUGACCAGUCAAUUAUAAUUUUAUACUCCCGAUGGUCACUGAUUUGAUCCCAAUGUAGACAAGUAAAAAAAAAUGGAAAUAAAUUCUGUUAUAUUUUUAUAUGCAAAACUAAAUGUACAAAUUGGCCUUAAUUGGGCAGCACAAGCUUUGUGGCGUUUAAUUUUCGAAAUUAUCAUGCAGGGUAGUAGCUGAAUAAAGUUUUACGUUUUCUAGCAAAUCAUGGGUCUAGUGCGUUGCCUAAGGUGCUCAUUUUUUUAUUAGGCAGUAAGGUAGUUGUGUUUAGUCAUAAUUUUGUAUUGUCACAUUGCAGAUCAAGUAAAUUUGUUUAUUAAAUUCACGUGUUAGUCCCGAUAUUAUUAGUGCUGUGUUUAUAAUUUUGAUUAAUUUAAUUCUUGGUAUCUUAAUUGUUUCUGCAACUACUGGCAAUUUGUGUUCAAUCGGUAAACAUAUAUGCUGACUUCUAUAGAAUUGUUUCCUAAAAGACUAGUGCCAAAUAUUUUACGCAGUCAAACCUUUGCAGUAUUUGUAUCAAACAUUAAAAUAUCCCGCUGAACAAAUGUCGCAUGUUUUUUUUCAAUGGAAGAAUAGGAAUCUUUUGUUCGAUUGUUAGUUCGCAUUUUUCUUUGUACCGUGUAAAUUAUGCAAUUUGCAUACAUUCCUGUUAACCUAUGCCCUUUUAAAUAAAUUUUUCAUGUUUUAAA